GUGACGGUUGUAGUAGCCCACAGGCUUCACUUCACGGUAGCGGCGGAGCGAGACGCGUGUUUGCAGCGCGCGGAUGAGCGGCGAGGCGGUGGCAGAGCGCGCAUUCCUCCACCGUCCUGUUCCCGAACCCGGACCCGGAGCUAAGCUCGGUGCUUUGGACGCAGCGGAGGACUGGACCGGACCGGACCGGGACUAUGGAGGAUGUCUACCGUCUGACCCGCAGUCCAGUGUGGGAGGAACUGGAGCCGGAGAAAGGGCCCGCGUCCGCGCCGGGAAUCCAUGCACAUGUGGUGGGAGCUGUGUCCGGCUCCGGAGCCGCGGACGAGUCCUCUGACAGCGAGGCGGAGCAGGAGGGACCGCAGAAGCUGAUCCGGAAAGUGUCCACCUCAGGACAGAUCAGGACCAAGACGAGUAUAAAGGAGGGACUGCUGCUGAAACAGACCAGCUCCUUCCAGAGGUGGAAGAAACGAUACUUCAAACUAAGAGGCCGAACGCUUUACUACGCCAAAGACGCCAAGUCUGGCAGCGCCGUGGCUCGCUGGCAGGAGAGGGCGCUGCACAGAGUGUCCAGGAGCCGCGUGUGCUGGCGGGUUCUGUCCGUGUGCUGGUCGGGCGCGCGGCACUCCCCGCCGCCGCUGGGUGCCGGCGGAUCUGAGGAGGGCCUAGUGAGAAUCCGGUCUCUCAUCUUUGACGAGGUGGAUCUGUCAGACGCCAGCGUCGCUGAGUCAAGCACCAAGAAUGUUAACAACAGCUUCACAGUGAUCACUCCGUUCCGUCGGCUCAUCCUCUGCGCUGAGAACAGGAAAGAGAUGGAGGACUGGAUCAGUUCCCUCAAGUCCGUCCAGUCCAGAGAGCAUUACGAGACGGCUCAGUUUAAUGUGGAACAUUUCUCAGGGAUGCACAACUGGUACGCCUGCUCUCACGCACGCCCCACUUUUUGCAACGUCUGUAAAGAUAGUUUGUCCGGCGUCACGUCUCACGGCCUCUCUUGUGAAGUGUGUAAAUUCAAAGCCCACAAACGUUGUGCGGUCAGAGCCACCAACAACUGCAAAUGGACCACGCUGGCGUCCAUCGGGAAGGACAUCAUCGAGGACGAGGACGGGAUUGCGAUGCCUCACCAGUGGUUGGAGGGAAACCUGCCCGUCAGUGCCAAGUGUGCUGUGUGUGAUAAGACGUGCGGCAGUGUUCUGAGACUGCAGGACUGGCGCUGCCUCUGGUGUAAAGCUAUGGUCCACACCGCCUGCAUGGACCUGUAUCCUCGUAAAUGUCCUCUAGGUCAAUGCAAAGUGUCCAUCAUUCCCCCGACUGCACUGAACAGCAUCGACUCAGACGGCUUCUGGAAGGCCACCUGUCCCCCGUCAUGUGCCAGUCCACUCCUGGUUUUCGUCAACUCCAAAAGCGGCGACAACCAGGGAGUGAAAUUCCUGCGACGCUUCAAGCAGCUGCUCAACCCGGCUCAGGUCUUUGACCUGGUCAACGGCGGGCCGCACCUCGGUUUGCGUCUGUUUCAAAAGUUUGACAACUUCCGGAUCCUGGUGUGCGGCGGCGACGGCAGCGUGGGCUGGGUUCUGUCAGAGAUCGACAAACUCAACCUACACAAGCAGUGCCAGCUGGGUGUGUUGCCGCUGGGCACGGGUAACGACCUGGCGCGGGUGCUCGGCUGGGGCCCGUCAUGUGACGACGACGCGCAGCUGCCGCAGAUCCUGGAGAAGCUGGAGAGGGCCAGCACCAAGAUGCUGGACCGCUGGAGCAUCAUGACCUACGAGAUCAAGAUCCCGCCCAAACACAGCUGCCCCACCACGCCCGAGGGAGCCGACGAGUGCCAGUUUCACAUCUCUGCUUAUGAAGACUCCGUAGCUGCUCACCUCACAAAGAUCCUCAACUCAGAGCAGCACUCUGUCGUCAUCUCCUCGGCCAAGAUCUUGUGUGAAACAGUGAAGGACUUUGUUGCCAAAGUGGGAAAAGCCUAUGAAAAAAGCACAGAGAACGCAGAGGAGUGUGACUCCAUGUCUCUCAAAUGUGCCAUCCUCAACGAGAAACUGGACUGCCUCCUCCACACCCUCAACAGCGAGUGUCACGCUCUGCCUCCGCUGCUUCACUCCACGCCUCCUAUUGUGGAGGAGGAGCAGGAGGAGGAGGAAGAGGACGAGGACGAGGAGGAGGGGGAGGAGGUGAGCGAGGAGAGUCUGACGGAGCUGAAGGGGAAGCUGGAGGAGGAGGAGACGGAGAAAGGAGGAGGAGGUUCUCCUCAUCAGCUGUUCAGGAGCAGGGAGCAGCUGAUGCUCCGAGCCAACAGUCUGAAGAAAGCUGUGCGACAGAUCAUCGAUCAGGCAGAGAGAGUGGUGGACGAGCAGAACGCACACACGGACGACAGCGAGCUGCCGUCGCCGCUCGAGUUCAGGAAGGACAGCGAGGACGAGAACCGGGACAGCGAGAAGGACGAGGACACCAAGGAACUGGAAGCAGCGCUAUCCACCAAGAGUCCGUGCUCCCCCACAGAGAGGAGGGUGAGCCGCAGCACACAGUCGUACGCCUCCUUCACCAUCACACCCUUCACCACCAGCAAAGAGAAUCUGCCUGUUCUCAACACACGCAUCAUCUGUCCUGGUCUGCGUGCCGGUCUCGCCGCCUCCAUCGCCGGCAGCUCCAUCAUCAGUAAGAUGUUGUUGGCAAACAUCGACCCGUUUGGUGCCACGCCCUUCAUCGACCCCGACCUGGACUCACUAGAGGGCUACAUGGAGAAGUGUGUGAUGAACAACUACUUCGGCAUCGGUCUGGAUGCCAAGAUCUCGCUGGAGUUCAACAACAAGAGGGAGGAGCAUCCUGAGAAAUGCAGGAGUCGCACCAAAAACAUGAUGUGGUACGGAGUUCUGGGCACCAAGGAGCUGCUGCAGAGAACCUACAAGAACCUGGAGCAGAAGGUCCAGCUGGAGUGUGACGGUCAGUACAUCCCUCUGCCGAGUCUCCAGGGAAUCGCCGUGUUGAACAUUCCCAGCUACGCAGGCGGGACCAACUUCUGGGGCGGGACCAAGGAGGACGACAUCUUCUGUGCUCCGUCGUUCGAUGAUAAGAUCCUGGAGGUGGUGGCUGUGUUUGGGAGCAUGCAGAUGGCCGUGUCCCGGGUCAUCAAACUGCAGCACCAUCGCAUCGCACAGUGUCGGACAGUGAAGAUCACCAUCCUGGGAGAUGAAGGUGUUCCCAUCCAGGUGGACGGAGAAGCCUGGAUCCAGCCGCCCGGGGUCAUCAAGAUCCAGCACAAGAACCGGGCUCAGAUGCUCACCAGAGACCGGGCGUUUGAGAACACGCUGAAGUCGUGGGAGGACAAACUCAAGUAUGACAAAGCUCCUCUGAGGCCACACCUCUACCCACAGCAGUCUGUGGACCUGGCCACUGAGGAGGAGGCCACGCUGGUGCAGAUGUGUGCUCGAGCUGCUGAGGAGCUCAUCACAAGGAUCUGUGAGGCUGCAAAGACCAACGGGCUUUUAGAGCAGGAGCUGGCUCAUGCUGUCAACGCUGCGUCGCACGCCAUCAACAAGACACACCCCAAGUUUCCAGAGAGUCUGACCAGAAACACGGCGAUAGAAGUGGCCAGCACGGUCAAAGCUCUGUACAACGAGACCGAGUCUCUGUUGCUGGGCAGAGUCUCUCUGCAGCUGGAUCCUCCAGAGGAGGAGCAGCUGUCCGGAGCUCUGCAGACGGCCGAGCUGGAACUGGGAAAACUGGGAGAGGUUCCGUGGCUUUAUCACAUCCUGCAGCCCAACGACGAAGAGGUUGACUGUGCUUAUGUACCAGGAUCACUCUCUGGGUUACGGCAAGAGGAACAGUCGCAGCAGCAUGUUCCGCAUUGUCCCCAAGUUCAAGAAGGAGAAGACGUCCAAGAAGAUGAGUCCUCAGUCAGUGGAGAGGUGGGGCACAGAGGAAGUGGGCGUGUGGCUGGAGCAGCUGAGUCUCGGCGAGUACAGAGACACCUUCACCCGACACGACAUCCGAGGGGCGGAGCUGCUGCACCUGGAGAGGAGGGACCUGAAGGAUCUGGGGAUAUCGAAAGUGGGUCAUAUGAAGAGAAUUCUCCAGGGAACUAAAGACCUGGCCAAGGCCUCCAUGAUUGACCUCUAACCCGGAAGCGGACGCCGCCGGAGACACGACCUCCCCCCCCGUGAUGAAAGCAUGAGUGUUUGAGGAGAGGAGAGCUGGAUUCAUCCUCUCUGCCUCCUGUGACGCAGUGAAGGAGAAACACGACGAGCAUGUUUGUGUUUGUUUGUGCUCUGGUGCCAAAAUGACAAGAAGAAGAAGAGGAGGAGGAGGAGGAGGAGGAGGAGGAGGAAGCUGACAGGAAGCUCUUCAAAAAGCCAUUUCUGAGUUAAUAACUAUUCUUAGCACGCGAUCAGGUAUGCAACUAACUAACCACUCUGUUUGGUUAGCAACUAACUCACCACACUGUUCACAGUUGAACUAACUAGUAGCAAAAGCAGGACUUUGAGUUCAGUCCGAGUUUUUCUCAAAGUCAAGGACGAGUCAUUCACCAAGUACCCACAAUCCUUUGAGGCGCACACGUACAAAUGUAGCAGACAAAUAUUCAUAAAUAUGCAUCGGGUUAUGAAGGCAAUAAAUAAUCAUCAUAUAUAUACAAAAUAAAUCAAGUAUGAAUGAGAAAGUAAAUAAAACACGGUUUUUAUUAAGUUAAAGUUCAUUUUCUUUGACUUUUUUAUGUUAAUAUAUUUUAAUUUGGGAGAAUUUACAUCUCUGUUUGAUAUUUGCAAAAAAAAAAUUCAUAUAAACAAUAGAUUUAAUGCAUAUAAUAAUUUUCUAAUGUGAUUAAUCAGUUUAGGUGUUGUUUUAAUUAUUAAAGCCAGAUUUAUGAUUUUUCAGCUUCUUAAACGCGUCUCAAACUGAUUUAUGAACAAAACGAUGCAUCAUUUCAAGGUUUGAUCAACAUUUGAAAAAGAUUUCUAACACCUACUUAAUCGAUUUAAGGAAAUAUUAAUGAGUGACAGUUUAGAAGCUGAAAAAACACAUGUUGUUUUCAACGUUUAAAAUGAUGCUAAACGACGCUAGCGUAGGAUCGCGGUGCGUUUACGUGACUCGGUGAGAUUUGAGAUUUGUGUCGGAAACGAUCCUUGACUUUGAGAAACAUCGUAGAAACUGCGUGAGGAAGUUGGCAGUCGGACGUAGAAAGAAACAUCGCAGACUGACUGACGUUAGCGGUCGGAGAUAGCGACACAUGCUCGCUCAACUUUAAAUAAGUGCAUGAUUUUAGCGUCUUGGGGUUUGUUUUGUACGCGUGUUUGUUAAAUAACACUUGAACAAGUUUUCUUAUUAUAAGUAUUACGAUGAUUAUUAUUCUGACGCCAUUGUUACUACUGAACGCAGUUUUGUUUUUGGUUGUAAAAAAAAAAGCAGAAUUCUAGCUUUAAUUUAUUUAGUUUGCAUGAAAACGACGACGCGUGUCAACCGUUUUGUGUCCAGUGCCAAGUUUUCCCUGGUGGUCGUUAUGUAACACGUGUGCUUUAUUAAUAUAGACGACAUAAGACGAGCUCUGACGCAGCAGCGCCCUCUGUGGACGACUCUUUGUUCUGUAAAAGAAGUCAAACUGAUUGUUGAGUAUUUUUCAUUUUAUAUUAACGGUUACUUUAAAGAAAACGAGGCACUUUUUACUUCUUGCUUCAUGCAAGUGCAGAAUCCUCAUAAUCACGAUGAUCUUACGAUGAAUUAAUGAUUCACCUUUUUGUUGUUUUUCUAACCUUUGACACUUUUAGCAGCUCAGUAUUUAACACUAAGCAGAAUAAGAUCGUUAGAUAUAUGGGUUUUUAAAUAUACUUAUAGACAAGCUGUAGCCUGCGUAGCAACAUUCAACUACUUUUUUUUAAAGGGACAGUUUGGUGUUGUUGUUGUUUGUAAGUGUCAUUGUAUGAGAUUCUGACACAGGAAAGUAAAUCAAACGUCCUCAAAGUAGAUUUUUAGUCGCUUAACAAAAGGCUCACUUUAUAUAAUCUAAGCCAGAUUAAGUGUGUGGGAUUUUAAGGGUGUGUUUCCAGCUUUAUCUUAAUUCUUAGACAGACUUUUCCAAACCACUCACUCUCCCACACCAAAGCCCAUAGAGAAAAUCAGUGAUUUUAGUGAUUUUAUCAUCACAGCACACAGGAGUUGUUGAUCCACUGCUGCCUCCAUCACUAAAUUCAAAUGUGUCGUUUUGUUCAUGUGGGAUUUUGAAUCCUUAGUUCAGUGACGCAAAGUGACCACAGGAGGCAGCAGUGGACCAGCAGCUGCUGUGUCCACACAGGCUUAAAAUGACCUUUUUUUCAAUGGGGUUUGGUGUGGGAGAGAAAGUGAGAUUACAAAGUGGCAUAAGAGAUUAUAUUUGAUUUGUUGUUGACAAAUGUCUCAUACAAACACACUUACUAACAAACACCUGAACUUUGCCCUUUUCUAAGAUGACAGGGUAAAUUUACACACACACACACACACACAUGCUGUAUAUACAGUAUACCAGUGUAUGCAAACAAUGUUUGUACGUGUCGUAGUACUUUGUAUAUUUGCUGACAUGGCAUGUUUAUUGUCCACAGCUUACACAUUUGAUUGUGUAUAUUACACCUGAACAAUUGUGAUGAUGAUGAUGAAGAUGCUGUUGUAAUUUUAAUGAUGGUGCAAUAUUUGAUCUUCUUGUUUUGAUACUGUCUCUGCAGCUUUGGGGACAUGAUGUUUUUGUAUACUGUCCUCGUCCUCGUCCUCGUGGAGGUUGUAGCUUUUCCCCCGUUCACAGACUCCAGACUCGUUCUUUCUUACUCGGACUCCACGUUUCUUCCAGAGUUUCACUAAAGGCGUGUGUAGUUUUUCCUCCUCCGUGCUUCCAGGGCCAUUCACUACAGUCAGACACAGUGUCCACGAGUGUCCACGAGUGUCCACGCAGGGACAGACGUGACUGUGUGCGUUACUACAACAGUGGCAUAUUUAACGGUAAACGUCGCAUCAUCGCCAACGCAUUUUACCACAAAGUUUGUAUCACGAAUUUUCCCCCUUUUUGUUAAAAAAAAGUAAUAUUAUUGUGGCCAGUAAUUAAAAAACAAACAAACAAUAAAACGUGACAAGUUUGAGACAAAUUUACUGAAUUUGAGACAAAUUUAGUAAAUUUGAGACACUUUUACAAAUAUGAGUUACUAAAUUUGUCUUAAAUUCAGUAAAUGCAUCUUAAAUUUAGCAAAUAUGUUUUCAGGAUUUGUAAGUGUCAUAAGACAAAUUUACAUUUUAGAAAACAAAUGUACAAAAUUUAAGACACGUUUAUGAACCUUAGUUACUAAAUUUGUGACAAACAAAAGUUCAGGCAACUCUUAAGUUCUGGACGAGAAAAUUCACAAAAACAUGAAACAAAUUUACUGAAGUCAAAAAGUGAAAGUGUUAUAAAGUAUAAAAGUUAUAAUAUAAAUGUAUUAUACUUUGUAAUAAUUGUUCUAAUUUUACUGCUCGCUAUAAAACCUGGAGUUUAACAAGUGCUGAGCAAAAAUCAAUCAACACUGGUGAGUUUUCACGCUCCACAGCAUUCAGUCCUCCUGCCACAAGGGGGCGCCUGCAUCUAUAAAGUCAUUCCAGGACGUUGUGAUUUAUAAGGAUUUUACAAAGUGUCUUUUAGAGCAAUUUUUAAAAAACACACAAGAUAUUUGUACAAUUAUCGCAAUGACAUCAUUUAUCACAGUUUUUUUUCCCGAUAAUCGUGACAUCGUCCCGUGACUAUUAGCAAUAACGGCUGCACUUUAAAAAAAAAAAGAAAGAAAGAAAAGGCAACUAACACACCCCGCCCACUUUUGUCAGCCCUCUGGUCCAAGCUCCGCCCUCAAAAACACAGUUUGUUCUGGGUUUUUUUUGUAAUGUUCACAUAUUUUUGUAACAUCAGUGUUUGUCGUAGGUGUUUUUUUUCGUAAUAUUAAUUACUUUCGCACAUAAGGACCCAAGUGUACGGACUAAAGGCUCCGCCCAGUUUUGUUUACAAAUCUAAACUAAUAUUUACCAAAAUGUUCGUAAAAUAAAGUUAGAUACUGAUAACGAACUUAAAGCUUUUCUCAGUGUUUAUUGCAAUUAUUUUCUUCGGUAUAAUAAUACGGAUAUAACUUCCCGCCUCUCUACGUCACUUCAUUAAAAAGAUUGGUAAGGGGGCGGGGCAAUGAGACUGUAUACGUCAUCCUCUUUGGUUGAUAUAUAUAUUGCGAUAAAUAUUGUUUUUGAAUCACUGCUCAAACUCAAAAUUUGGUAAAUAUUGGUAGAACUUGUGUAAAUCACUUUUGAGUUUGUUUUGAAUUAUAAAUUGAGCUCCAUUUUAAAGGGAUAGUCCGGUUUUUUUUGAAGUGCUGAUGAGACUCUUCAUACGUCCACUAAAGAAAAACCAUGAACAAUCCCUUUAAGAUGUUUUUUUUUCAUGUAUGCACAGUUGUUGUUCAUGUGACUCACAGCCAAAGAUACUGUGGUUGUCACAGUGAUGACAUCAUUCUCUUUCCCCCUGAAACAGAACAGAACUAUGCCUUUAAAUUCCUUCACAGACUCUUUCUUCGGACACAGCCUUUAAGUUUCAUAUGUGCUUUAAUGAAAGCAGAAUCUUUCAUCUGCUGCCUUUGUUUCUGCAGCUUUGGCCUCUCGUCCUCAUUAAAGGGAUAGUUUGGGUUUUUCAGUGUGAUUUUAUGAGGUAUUAAUCUACACCUACUUAAGUCUGUGAUAUCUUAAGAACAUGUUCAUGUCUUUAUCUCACAAUUAGACAGAGUUUUCCAACAAAACAACCUGUGUUUUUUAAUCGCUAACUCUCCCACACCAAAGCCCAGAGAGAAAAUCACACACACACACUGCUGCCUCCAUCACUAAGUUCUAAUGGCUUAUUUUCUCACUUCUGUAUUUAAAGUCCUAAGUUUGGAUUUCCACUAGUGACACAAAGUGACCACAUGAGGCAGCAGAGGACCAGCAGCUCCUGUGUCCCCGCGAGCUAAAAUCACUGGUUUUCUCUGUGGGCUUUGGUGUGGGAGAGUGAGUGGUUUACAAACGUCAGUUUCCUGUUGGAAAAGUCUGUCUCACAGUGAAAUAAAGACGUGAAUGUGUUCUGAAGACAUCGUAGACUUAAGCUGACGUAGAUUAUAUUAAGUGAGCUCAUACCUCAUCGUGUGUGUCCGCACUAGAACACGUGAACUGUCCCUUUAACCUGCGUCUUCACCAGUUCAGUGAUUGUGUUGAACUGUUUUCGUCCAAUAUGUCUGCCAGGUCCCGUGUUUUUUCGGGGUUUUUUUCAUUCCCAGACUCCAGACAGGAUAACCUUUGACCCCGUGACCUUCGCCGUGUUGUCGUCAUGUAACUGAUGCUGCAAACUGCCUGUUUUUUUCAAAACAAACCAACCUCCACCUUCCAUGUCAGGACUCUAAAAACGCCGGUGAACGCGGCGGCGUCUUUGUCGCAGAAAAGUGAAAUUUCAUUUGUUUACAUUAUGUUUACAACGGCACAGGUUUCAUUUCUAAGAACAUAUAUAUAAAUAAAUAUAUAUAUAUAUAUCUGUAGGUAUAAACAUCAUUUGCAUAUUUAUUAUUGCCUUUAAGGUUAAAUGAUAUGACGUGUUAUUGUGUUUUCUUCACAUUUGGGAUCUAAUGUUACCGUCGUCACCUGUAUUAUUAUUAUUAUUAUUAUUAUUAUUAUUAUUAUUAUUAUUAUUAUUAUUGUUAUUACUCUCUGGAUGAUUUGUUUGUUUUUUUGGGGGGUAAAGUAGUUGAUGGUUUUUAUGACUACUAACUUACUAACUAAGUGACUGUUUUCUGUGCCUUUUUAUGGUUAGAAUGCAUGGUUCAACUAUUUAUUACGAUAUGGAGUCACUGAGAUGUGUAUUUUUGUAUUUUUCCGAAAAAUAAAUAAAUGGUUUCAGCUUUUUUUUCUUGUACAUUUUUAAGGUGCUUUAAAAGAAAAAGGAAAAACAACAAACAGAGGCCACCUGUUCAUAUCUCUCUUCUUCAAUAAAACCAAAUACAUAUGCA